AAAAAAAAAAAAAAAACUCUAGAGCUCAUCAGGACCAUUGGGCACCCAUUCCCAGCUGAAGUGUGCGAGCGCCGUCGCGUCAGCCCUUCUAUUACCCAGGCAUUUUGCGAGCUGAUUUCAAGCCAGAAUACUCCUCCUCCACGUUUCUUUUCAUUUUCGAUGUGGGACUAGGGUUCCCAUUACAUUUACAGCCAAACUCAGAAACACAACAACAAAGGAAUUGAGGGUAGAGUUCUGCUGCUGAGUUUCAAAGAAACCGCCGAGGAAGUAACGUCACCUUCGAUUGCUCUCAUUUUGGUCCCUGCGUUCCUGAAUUUUAAAAGAGGGGCCAAAACAUUUUCCAGGCCUGAAUCACUCUAAGAAUGGCGGAGUUUCUUUUUGAAGAUAUUUUCAAGAUCGACCGGUUGAACCCCGAUGGGAAAAAAUUUGACAAGGUUACUCGAAUUGAAGCAAAGAGUGAGAAGUUUGACAUGUUCAUGCACCUAGAUGUGGGCACAGAUGUGUAUCCAAUGAAUGAAGGUGAGAAAUUCUCAAUGGCGCUGAGUUCCACUCUGAACGAGGACGGAACACCCGACACUGGCUAUUACACUCCGGGCAACCGCAAGACACUUGCUGACAACUACGAGUAUGUCAUGCAAGGGAAGCUGUAUCGAAUUGCCGAAGGUUCUGGACAUCAUGGUAAAGCGGAGAUAGAUGCUUCAUUUGGGGGUCUUUUGAUGAUGCUGAAGGGUGAUCCAUCGUAUUUCAAGAAGUACGAACUUGAUCAGAGGCUGUUUCUUCUUAUAAGGAAGGUUUAAACUUCACUGUUUAUGAAUAUAGUUUAGCUUGUUAAAGGUUGUAUUAACUUACUUUGCUGUUGUUUCUCCUCUUAUGGAAGGGGAUAAUGGUUGUGGCAAAGCUCUCUUUCAGAACAACAAGAUUUUUAAGCUUUUCUGUUGUAUGAACUUGGUCUUCUGCUCACUCUUUGUUGAGUAGUGCUACUUAUUGGAACUUUGACAUAUUUUAUGUGGAUAGGUUGAUUUGAAA